GGAGAGAGAAACGCCGAGGGCUGUCGCGACGUGUCGUCGGAUGUUUCCCCGAAGCAUGCUUCGUCGUUGAGCCUAUAACGAUGGUCAACAGGAGCAUGCCGUGGGGGGAUGUUCAUGCGCUUGUAUAUGCCGACCACAUGUGGGCCAGCAGAUCAAAGUUGUUGGUUGUUGCCAACUUCCUCUUUCGCCUGACGUCCGGCAGAUCAUUGCUGCCAAGUGUCAGGAUGACAUCGAGCAGCUGCCGCUCUCCGCCAACCCUAUUCGCACGACUUUGUUAUCGCGGAACUUUAGUAGCGUUGCUGCCCGUACCUUGAUCCUAUCGCGGGCGGAGAUCCGCCGAUCGCGCAUGGAUGCAAGACACAACUUCCGCAUUAGGGUAUAGUAAUAGGAUUUAAGGUGCAUCGGCGGCAUUCUAGAGUGCUGGCGGCAUCACUACCCCGUCCAUACCUGUCACGCAUCUUCUACCACGGCUUCUUCGUCGGAUAGCACCGUAUAGGUCAGCAUGAUGGGCAGUGGGAUGAGUAUAUAUGAAGCAGGUAGGAUCCCCUUCUCAUCGUCAUCCACCAACAAUCCCUCAGUUCUAUCCUCAAUCUAUCAACAUGUUCGGCCUCAAGACCCUCCUCACCGUCGCCCUCGUCUCGGCUGUCGCUGCCCUCCCCGCUCUCGAGGUGCGCGCUGCCACCACCUGCGGCUCCACCUCCUACACUGCUGCCCAGGUCAGCGCUGCUGCCGCUGCCGCCUGCAACUACGUGAAGGCCGGCACGACUGCUGGAAGCUCCACCUACCCCCACCAGUACAAUAACUACGAGGGCUUCAACUUCGCUGUUGCCGGUCCUUGGCAGGAGUUCCCCAUCCUCAAGAGCGGUGUCUACACUGGAGGGAGCCCUGGGGCUGACCGUGUUGUCAUCAACAAGUCUUGCGGACUUGCUGGUGCCAUCACCCACACUGGCGCCAGUGGAAACAACUUUGUUGGCUGCUCGGGAACGAACUAGAGGCUGCAUAUUAGGGAAGCAGGUCUUCUUUCACG